AAGUUAUUUCUAUAACAAAUGAUAAAUAUAUAAUGAUAAUUGAAGGUUAGUAGUCGAUUUCAAUGGAAAGGGCGGCACCUGUUCGCUCUCUAUCCCUCACAAGCAGCACAUACUUAUCUCACUUCUCCGUUCUGUUCCCUUUCACUCCAUCUAGGUUUUCUCCUCCUCCACCUCCUUUCCUCCGCCGCCACUCAACUUCCACCAGAUUGCGUCUUACCUCCUCUUACUUCCCUAACCGCAAUCGGAACCAUUUCUCCACCAGAGCAUCCCUUAUUUCUUCUCCAGAUAUUAUUGAUGGCCAAGUAGUGGACUAUGCAGUUGCCCGAGGACUGGGGUUUGAGAAAAUAUCAGACGAAUUCAUUCCAGAAUGCAAAUCCAAAGCCGUGAUGUUGAGGCACGUCAAGACAGGGGCUCAAGUCAUGUCUGUUUCCAACCAAGAUGAGAAGAAAGUAAGACUGAGCUCUUCUCUCAGUUACACAAAUCAGUUCAAGUGUCAACAAUUCAACAAGUGUAGAUCGACAUUACCUGGAGUUAUACUUUGUGCCAAUCGGAAGCUUAGACCUGAUGAAUUUGUGUGGAAACGAAAUCAGUCAACCCAAAAUGUCGAUUUCCCACCAAAGUUACCAAAGAAGAAGAAGAAACCAUUCCCUAUUCCCUUUAAAGAAAUCAAGCAGGCUGCAAAGAUGGACAAAAAACUUGCAAGCAAGGGAAUAGAGAAACCUCUUGAACCUCCAAAGAAUGGAUUGCUUGUUCCGGACCUAGUUCCUGUUGCUUAUGAAGUAUUUGAUGCUUGGAAGCUUUUGAUUAAAGGUCUUUCUCAGCUGUUGCAUGUCAUUCCUGUAUAUGGCUGUAGUGAAUGCUCGGAAGUACAUGUGGCUCAGACCGGUCACUUCAUUCUAGACUGUGAAGGCCGUACCAGUUCGACGCGUCAUAGUUCUCAUGCGUGGGUCAAGGGUUCCGUGAAUGAUAUACUUGUCCCAAUUGAGUCGUAUCAUCUCUUUGAUCCAUUUGGUAAACGCAUUAUGCACGAUACACGGUUUGAAUACGACCGGAUUCCAGCUGUUGUUGAGCUCUGCAUUCAAGCCGGCAUGGACAUCCCUGAGUAUCCUUCGCGAAGAAGGACUAAUCCCAUACGAAUGGUAGGGAGGAGAGUACUUGACCGAGGCGGUCAUCUAGAGGAGCCUGAGCCGUUUCACUUUGCCGAGUCCUCUUCCAUCAUGGACUUUGAUACUUAUAGAGCCAGUGAGCGAUUUCCCCAUCCACCAUUGUCCGACGUACCUAAAAUCGCCCAAGAAACAAUCAACGCAUAUCAAAUUGUUAGAAAGGGUGUCAGGAAGUUGAUGAAGAAAUACACGGUGAAAGCGUGUGGCUAUUGUUCGGAAGUUCAUGUUGGACCGUGGGGUCAUAACGCGAAGCUUUGUGGAUCAUUCAAACAUCAAUGGAGAGACGGAAAACAUGGUUGGCAGGAUGCUACUAUAGAUGAAGUCUUACCUCCAAAUUAUGUGUGGCAUGUUAGAGACACGAAUGGACCUCCAAUUAUGGCUGCAUUGAAAAGAUAUUAUGGAAAGGCUCCGGCCGUAGUGGAAGUGUGUGUACAAGCGGGCGCACGUAUACCAGACGAGUACAGGCCGAUGAUGAGGCUUGACAUUGUAAUUCCAGAUUCUGAUGAGACAGGAAUGAUUGCUUGAUGUCAUCUCACAAUUGCAUGAUCUGUUUAAGUCUAACUACACAUUCAUAGUCCUUAGCAUGAGAAAAAUCUUCAGCAUGAUAUGUCUGAUUUCUUGAAUGGAUACCAGCAUUUGAUGUAUCCAACAUGUAUAUAAGCCAAUAGCAGAACAAGUAGGUUAUAUCACUAUGUUUUGGUGUGUGAA